CCGCGAGUGCUGGGACACCAUUACCCCAAGCCAGUUCGAGCUCCUAAUUUGCUCAAUUUCAGAUACUGAGCAGAUCGUCUGGUCGUGCUGAAAAGGAGGUAUCCGGGGUAGAGAAUUAAUAAUUAGUGUCCAGGACAAAGAGCGGUGGCACGAGUGUUUGUUCCUGCUUCCCGCUCGUGCGACCAAUUUGUUCUUUCAAAUUUACCAUGGCGGCGGCAGCAGCAGCAGCAGCAGUAACAGCGGGAGCGAUCUUCGCAUCGUUACCAUCGCGUGGGGUAGUCAGGUCACUUCAAAAGACCCCGUCAUCGCGGAAAUCCUUCGGCAGACUUGUGUCCACAGCUCUCCUCACCGCUCACGGCAGCCAAUUGGCGUUCUUCAGCGGCUGCCAGCUCAGCCAUGCCUUGUCAGACCCUGCUGCUAGCAAGACCCGCAGGCGAUUUGCGACUGCUGCCGGGCCCCGGGCGAUGGGUCGCAGCGACACGAAGUCGAUUGAGCAGCUGGUGGAGCUGGUGAAGCAGAAGAACUCGGAGCACCCUGUGGUCGUCUACUCCAAAACGUGGUGCCCAUACUGCAUGGAUGUCAAGCGGCUGCUCUCCAAGCUUCACACCAACAUGCUGGUUGUGGAGCUGGACGAACUAGUGGAGGAGGACGAGCUUCAAGAAGCCCUGUAUGACCUUACAGGCCAGCGCACCAUUCCAAAUGUCUUCAUUGGGGGGAAACACAUCGGCGGCUGUGAUGCGACGGUUGCAUUGCACAUGAAGGGCAAGUUGGUUCCUCUGCUGGCCGAAGCAGGUGCCAAGGAAUGAAUGGCAGCUGGCAUGGGCGCAAAUAAUGUACCUCGCAAUAUAGUUCCGAAGCAUGACAUUGAGUUGUAAUAUAGUUGCAGGACGAGUCCACGUUGACUGCACAAUCCAUUCAAGUAGCAGAACCUAUAUCUAGCACACAUCACGGCACACAUCAGGGUAAGCCACGUGGGCUUCAGCCUUAGGAAGUUCCAGGGAGCUUAUAACAAGUGGAAUGUGGCUAUGUGGUGAGGGUGAUACGCUCUUAGAGAAUUUCUCCCUCGGUUUUGGGUAAUUCAUCAAAUACAUCACGGAAGGAUAUUGUAACAAGUUUUAGGGAGGGGUACAGGUGUGGUUUUUUAUAUUCUAGUUAUAUGCCGUCUUUUCCUUAUUCUC